AUGGUGAUCAUGUCAGAUUAUACAACUGUCCCCACCUCAAGCCACAGCCAGCAAAGGCCUCUUCGGGUCGGAUUCUAUGAUAUUGAGAGGACCUUGGGAAAAGGCAAUUUUGCUGUAGUAAAACUGGCCAGACACAGAGUCACCAAAACGCAGGUGGGUGUGUUGAUAUUUGCUGCCUUGAUCUGUAUAGAAAAUCAACUGUAAAGAGCUGGUAGUAUUCCUCUGUGGGGCUUUCUCUUUCCACAGAUAAGGACUAAACUAGGUACAUUAAGAGAAACUCCCUGGAGUAGACUGUAUAAUAGAAUGUAGUUAAAAUAGCAGCAGUUUAAUUUGCACAUUGAAAUCACUUCAAAAUGAAUUUGAAAUAUUGGUGAUUAGUGCUCUCUUCAUUAUUUUUGUUGACAUAGUUAAAACAAACUGAAGACAUGGUGUCUUAGUUGAUAUUCCUAGGUAGUUGUCAGUUUUUGAAAUAAGCUGUGUAGUGCAACUCCAGCUUACAUUACCUUUCUAGAACUUUAGUGGGAUAUGUGAUUUGGAUCAAAACACUGAAAGCUUCGAAAUUGUUUUUUUUAUAUAUAUAUAUAGAGAGAGAGAGAGUUUAAUUAUAUAUGCUGAAUUUCUUAGUCAACCUAUGAUCUAUUUUCUUGAAUCUGGACUAGACAAUAUAUUAUAAAACACGGCACAUCGGGAGUGAUUGCCAUUUUAGUUAAAUUCAGUGACUGGCACUUUGAUUUCUAAGUGUAGCAGUCUUUAAGCAUAGUUUAAGGAGUAAGUAAGUUGAAUUUAGUGACACUUCUAAGUAAACAUGCUUACAAUUGUGCUACAUUCACUUUUACCUGUUUACAAGUCCUGUUGGUUCCAAUGAAAUGAAUAGUCAAUGAACGAGUCUUUGUGUUAUUAUUGCAUUUGUUGAUCCCCUAACUUUCUCAAAUAUGAUUCGUUUUUCAAAACAUUUUUUUAUUUGUACUUGUAUGUUGUGCAGUAGUAUAAAACCAUAUUUUACAAGUGUUCUGGGUUUGUUUUCUUGAAACUAUAGGUUGCAAUAAAAAUUAUUGACAAAACACGGUUAGAUUCAAGCAAUUUGGAGAAAAUCUAUCGAGAGGUUCAGAUUAUGAAGCUUUUGAACCACCCCCAUAUUAUCAAGCUGUAUCAGGUAAGAGAUAAGUUCUGAUCACUACCUGGCUAUUAGACUUAUCCUUAUGGCUUUGGCUGCUAAUGAUCUUAAAAUGCACAGGCUUCCAACAGGAAAUGAAUUAGCAUUACUUUUCUAAACAGUGCUGGAACAAAGUGACAAAGUAUUUCAUAUCUAAAUAUUUAGGAAGGUUGUUAUUUUGUUUUCAAAAUCAAUUCAAACAGUUAUAAAUUGUUCAAAUGUGACUGUAAAUCAUUUGAUGUGCUAGGUGUGCUGGGUAGGCAUACAUAACUAAAAUCCCUUGUGCUUUUACACGAUGAAAAUACUUCUCUGCUUAUAGAAUUUUCAAAACCAUAAUCAAACCUCUACUUACAGUGCUGAUUAUUUGAAUUACUAGUUGAAAUUGGGCUUUGUCUGAGUAAAUGUGUUUAGGGUCAGGAAGUUUUCUUAAAAUCUUGGUUUUAGGAACUUCAAAAGCCACAGUGAAAUACUAUGCAAUUUGUUCUAGCUCAGUUGUAUUUUCAGCACAUGCAUUCCUUUAAAAAAGAACAAAAACUGAUGUACUCUGCAUCUGGUGAGCAGAAUUGAAUUUACAAAUGCUAAACAUCUUAUCUAAUUAGUGUUUGGUGGAAGUUCCUCUUAAUCAUCUUAAAGAGCACCUUAUGGAUUUAAGAGGAAGGUGAUGAGUGACUUUUUGUCUAAGGAAGAAGAAAAUGUUAAACGUGGCUUAAGAAUAUAGCUGCUCUUAAGUUCAGUGUACAGUAACAAUUGCCAUAAUAUAAGAUGCCUAGAAAAUAUCUUUGGGAAGAUGAGCAAGGAUAAGCUUCGCAAAUAUGAAAAGCAGAGCCAGUGAGAAACUUGUUUUGGUGGCAGUAUUAUUUUUAAAGUACACAUAUAUGGCUCCAAUAUGAACUGCUGUAACACAUAUUUAGGUCUAUUUGUCAUCACUCUACCUACCUGACAGAUAAUUUUUUUUCCUUUCUAUAAAAUAGUCCAGGUCAAAAUAAUAUUUCAGGCAUUGAAUAUUGUUUAAAUCCUCUCAUUGCUGAAUUAGGCUACUCAGCUGAACCAGAAAAGUGUUUUUAGAAGCUGCUUUUGUGAGGAGGAGAGGAUAGUAUUUCUACCUACACGUCUUUUCUGUGUUCAUUUUUUGAUGCACCCCUUUGGUGGAGGAGUCUGAGCUGCAGGAAUUAGGUGAAAUGCCAGUUUGGGGGUGGAAGGAUAGUGUUGACUUAGUUUCAACAGCACUGUCUAAUUUUAAUCCAAUUGGCCUCUUUCCCAGAACAUUUUAAAUGUCUUACUCUUUCCUGUCACUUCUUUCUAUGUAUAUAUAUUUAAAAUUUAUAUUUUUCAUUAUGUUUAUAUGUGGGAUGAGAGCGCCUUUCUUUGCCUUUGAUAGUCAAACCUCAUUGCAGAAUCUUAAAAAAUAUAGUUUCUGAAAAGACACUGAUGCUGCUUUGUGGUUCUUAAUCCUUUUUUGUAAGCCAGAAUUUACUGAACCAGAAAGUACAGUUCUGUUUGGGAGAGCUGUCUUUGACGGAUGUUUUAUAUUUAUCAUUUGAUGCUGUAAAGCAGGAGAGGCAGUCUCGGGGAGCAACGUGUUAAAUUUAUUUUUUUGAAAGAAUUUGAACCAUAUUUUAAAAAAUGCUUUAGGUCAUUUUAAACUUAUUUUGCAGGCGGUAAUGCCUUUUAGAAAUAAAUUGAUACUGAAAUUGCCAUUCACACUUCAGUGUUGAUGGAUGUUGAGAAAUAGCUGUGCACACAGAGGAAGCUGUUAUGGAUAGACAGGCACAUCUAGUAACUUACUGAAUGAAUAAACCUACACAAUACCAAGUGUGAAUGGGGCGCUUGGAUAGUUCUUGUUUGCUUUUUGUUCCACCUUCUGAAUGUGUCGGUCACCUGCUUCCUAACAGUGAGAUCAUGAGUCCUGUUAACGGUCCUUAAAUAACAUGAUACGCCUGUGUAGUUAAUAUACGUUAAUGUAAUAAAUUAUGGACAUUGAAGGAAGAGGUGGAUGCUAUUGAAGUAUCUCUGUAUGGAAACAAUAUUAGGUUCAUGCAGGGAAGCCUGGUCUUUUCGUUUAGCUCUUUUCUGUGGAGCAAAUGCAUUUGAUAUUCAAAGUAUAUUAAAUAUUUCAAAGGCCUGUAUCUUUAAUGCAUUCUGGUUUCCCACCCCACCCCCCUUCUCUCUUUCUCCUCUCCCUCUAUACCCUUAUUAGGUUAUGGAGACAAAAGAUAUGCUUUACAUUGUAACUGAAUUUGCAAAAAAUGGAGAAAUGUUUGGUAAGUUCUUAUCAAAGCAUAGCAGUAGACACUUCCUUAGUAACUUGAAUGUUGGGUGAGGAGCAUGCAUCUUAGCAUUCGGAUAAAUGUGGGCUUUGUUUAUCUGUAGACUUCUACAGACAUAGGAUUAUAUGGGUUACACUCUACUUCAGAUAACUGUGCUUUGAACAGACAAGUAUUUGUCUGGUCUAGGCUGCAAAGCCUGAUAUAAAUGAAUUCCUUAAUUAGCUGAAGUCCAAAUAAUGGGAAUUUCUUUGUGGGCGUGUUGUUUUAUGAGGGUACAGAAGCUGAGGAUUUCGAUCCUAAUGCUUAGAUAUCCAAAGUAAAGGUCACAUCACUGAAGGAGGAAAGUCUAGUUGGGGGUCAAAGGAGAAGUUUGUCUGUGGCAUUUAGUAUUUGACCCUUUUGUCAUUGUCUUUGGCAGAUCACUUGACUUCCCAUGGUCACCUGAGUGAGAGUGAAGCACGGAAGAAGUUCUGGCAGAUCCUUUCAGCUGUAGAAUAUUGCCACAGUCAUCAUAUAGUGCACAGAGACCUCAAAACGGAGAACCUGUUGUUAGACUCUAACAUGAACAUCAAGCUUGCAGGUGAGAAUGGUUGCACAGAUGAGGUCACUAAAAAACUUAGUAGGGCUUCAUGAAAUCCUUGCAUGAACAACUUAUUUGUGUGAUGCCGCAAUAGACAGAACCUUUGUAAUUCUAUGUUUAUGAACCUGCUGAAUGGAUUAUAUAUAAUACUUAGCAAAGAAGCAUAGGUGCAAUUUAUUUAUUUACUGGAUUUAUAUAAGCUGCUCAGUGACAUACUUUCUCUGAACAGCUCACAAUAAAUAAAAGAAUAAAAUCCAAUACUGAAAUACAAAAACAAAACAAAUACAUAGAGGUCCCUUGCAGUGCCCCUGCUUGCUUUAAUUACAAGUGUAUUUUAAAAAAUAUAAAGCAAUAUUUCAUUCAUCUUCCUCUACAGACUUUGGGUUUGGAAACUUCUACAAAUCUGGAGAGCCUCUCUCUACGUGGUGUGGGAGCCCACCUUAUGCAGCCCCUGAAGUCUUUGAAGGAAAGGAAUAUGAAGGUCCGCAUCUUGAUAUAUGGGUAGGUAUUGCAUUCUGUAUUAGAUUUCUGGUUGUGUAUUAAUUUUCCAAGAUGGUGAUGCUUGACAAACUUCGCUGACUGCAUUUCAGGCAUUCAUAUAUUGCACUGUUUUUAUUUCUUGGCAGAGCCUUGGUGUUGUGCUUUAUGUCCUUGUCUGUGGCUCUCUGCCAUUUGAUGGACCCAAUCUGCCAUCUUUAAGACAAAGGGUGCUCGAAGGACGAUUUCGCAUUCCCUACUUCAUGUCACAAGGUGUGUUUACCAAUCUUUCUGGCGUUAGAAAUCCACAAUUCCUUUCCUGUUUUCUAGUUAUUUGUCAGAUUUUUAGGUUUUGAACCAUAUUUUCCAGAUAAAAGCUUUUGUCUUGCAUAAUCCUGUUUUUGGUGUUUAGAUGAACCCUUUAGAUCUAUGUUGAUACUGAAAACAUACAUUUCCCAGGUAGAUUUUCUUUGACAUGUACGAAGGCAAAUCUGUGUAGAAGAGGAUGACACUCUGGCUGUAGUGGCUUAUAUUUUAUUUAAUGAAAAGGGGCAUAUUAAAAAUUAUUUUAAAUUCAUUCAGUCAUUAAAACUAGGACAUUCUGUCAAAGACUGAAAUAUCAACAGUUUGCUACAGUUCCCCAAUAACUUACAUCUUGCUCAUGCUGUGGAAAAAAGAACAAGUUAAUUUUUCAUCUUUUUCAGCAUAUAGACUCAAAAACAGCUUAAACUCUUUUGAGUGGUAUGUGAUACAAUUGCAAAAUAGCCAUGAAGAUAGAUUUACCUUAGGUUAUCAGACAGUUGUUUGGUGCUCUUUUAUGGGUAAGGAUAAAAAGUAGUGCCACUAGUUUAGCUUUCAGUGAUGUGUCUUGCCUCUUAAUAUCUAUAUUCAUGUUUCGGUUUUGUGUCUUGUCUUUCAACAGACUGUGAAAUGCUGAUUCGACGAAUGCUGGUUGUAGAUCCCACAAAACGAAUCACAAUUGCCCAAAUAAAGCAGCACAAGUGGAUGCAGGCAGACCCUUCCCUUCAGCAGCAGCAGUCUUUGUCAUUCUCCAUGCAUAACUACAACUCUAACCUGGGUGACUACAAUGAACAAGUCCUUGGGAUCAUGCAUACUCUUGGGAUUGAUAGGCAGAGAACAGUUGAGGUGAGCCCUUAGCUACAUGUUUGGCAUCUGAGAAGCCCUUGUCCCUUAUAAAAUAUUGGAAUAGACAUUGUGCUCUAUAGGAAAGGGUAAUAUGUUUCCCAUUUAGAUUUCAAAUUUUGAAAAUGGUGCCCCAUGUUGUGGUGGUGCUAAAAAGUGGUGUGUUGCUUGGUAGAAUUUCUUCCACGUUAUCUGGAAGCCAGGCAGGGUGCUUCUCAAAUAUGGCACUAUAGGCACGAGACUGAAUUAUUAGGCUGCAGACAUACCUGGCUGAUAAGAGGGAAAUAUAGGACAUAUGAGACGUAACUUGAAAGCACACAUGACCAAGGUUUUUUGUCUUCUGAGAAUGGGCUUGUGUUGCUUCUGAUAAUGCACACAUCCCAACCCCUCUAUUUUAAAUGCAUCAUUUUGUAGAAUCCCUCUUGAUUUCGGGGGCUCAUUCUUCCAAGUAAACGCGUCUUGACCUUCUGACCUUUAGCGAAGAGGUGGCACUCCCCUUUUGAACCAAGCAAUCUAUUAACAGCUGCCUUUCUCUCUCCUGUCUCCUCUAGUCUCUACAAAACAGCAGCUACAAUCACUUCGCUGCAAUUUAUUACCUUCUCCUGGAGCGUCUCAAGGAGUACCGAAGCAAUCAGUUGUCAAAUCGCCCAGUAAGCAGCCGUCAGCAAAGGCCAAGGAGCUCAGACUUCAGCAACAUUGAGGUAAGAUGAUGCGCUGUCCUUCAUAAGGUCACACCAGUUCCUCUCUGUCCUUUUAAGAAGUAUAUAUUCUGCUGCAUAUUCUGCUUCUGGGGCAGUAGCUUAUAUUUUGUGUGACCAAGAGUGGCAUUUUCCUCAUGUUUCUUUUUAUGCCUGAGAUCAAAGGACAUUUUUCAGCAGGGGAUAGGAAGCGGGUGGGGAGGAGGUCUCUUGUACCCGUCCUCAGUGUUGACAGGAAACGUGGCUUGCUUCAGGUUUAAAACCAAAAUUCUGCAAGCACUCAGGAGGAUGUAGAAUGAAUUAUACAAGUGUAAAAACUAUAGGCUGCAGGAAAUCUCCGUCUGUGAAGCAUUAAGCAGACGGGAUCUGCAUCCUGUGCAAUGUCCUAACCUCUGUAUUACUUGGAACUCUGUAUGGAUAUGUAUUUAUUGAAGAGCAAAUUAAUUCAUCCUUUCAUAUUGAUCCAUACCCGUGCAGCCUUUCAAGCUUAAUGUAUUUGUUCUAGUUACAAGAGCGGUUGGUAAUGACUGUUCUCUCAAUCCUUCUUUGGCUUCAGUUGCCUCAGAACAGCCUUGCCAGCGAGACCUUGAGAUCAUCUCUGUUCUACCAGCAGCCCCAGAAUCUGAUUCAGUCGCCCUUGCAGGCAGAAAUGGAUUGUGACAUAAACAACCCAUUACAGGUUGGUGCUGCUAGCGUCCUCACUUCGUGUUUGAUUGAAGGAAGUGUGCAUGCCUGUGUGUGUGUGUGUGUGUGUGUGUGUGUGAGAGAGAGAGAGAGAGAGAGAGAGAGAGAGAGAGACCUGGGGGCAAAAAGGUCUAGGAUGCAUUUAAAUAGCCACCCCAUCCAUCUUUUUAUUUGUUUUGCACUCCCAUGUUAAAUUCAUAAAACUGAAUAAAAAAUCCCUUGAAGGACAUCAUAGAGGCAUAAUACACAGGGUACCCAAGCAGCUAUGAUAAUGAAGGGAUCAUUGGGGAGAGGAAUGUGGGGAAGAACCAGACAAGGGCACUCUAUCACUUCCUGUAUUUUUUGACCUUUCAGCCUAUGUUCUUUCCCGUGGACCCGAACUUCAACAGUCUUUUUCGGAAUCGCUCAAUCUCUCCAAACAGCCUCCUGGAAACCACCAUCAGUGAGGAGGUCAGGCAAGACAAAGAGCUGGAGGAGGAAAUUAAAGCCUUCAACCCCAUUCGCCUCCCCAUCAACACAAGCCGAAGGCACACGCUGGCUGAAGUGACAACUCAUUUUUAUCAGUGUUCUCCACCAUGUAAGUGUUUGCAAGAAGGAUAUACAUAGAGGGUAGAAGAGUGUUUCCUUUUUGUGCUUUAAACAACAUGUUGACAGACACCAAAGUUUUUUUGUGCCUCUGUUUAGUGCAUUUAUUCACAGUAGGCUAUUUAAAACAUUUGGCUUUGGAGCCAAACAGCCAAGUAACUCUCACAGGCCUAUUCCAGAAUGGGGCUUUUCCUUCCAGUGCACAAUAAACAUGUAAUGGUUAUUGGAAAUCUGAAUGACAUUUACCCAAGCAUGAUCAUCUUUGUAGAGAGAAUUUCCUUUUUUAAGCAUUGUAGCUGCGGUGUUUGUCAACAUUUUGUCAAAAUAUGAGCCCCAUAGCUGGGAUUCCCAUAGUUGGAAGAUGGUGGUAUGAGCACCAUUGAGAAUAUAUAAUAACUCAGCAGCAGAGCUGUUGGUUCAGUCCUGGAAGUCUGCAGGUAGAGCUGGGAGAGAUUUGUGCUUGAAACCCUGGAGAGCAGCUGCCAGUCAUUGUAGGCAAUGCUACUUGACUCUGUAUAAAGCCAUUUCCUAUUCUUUUUCUUGAGACAAGCAAAACAGGCUCUUUCCCUAGCCAUGCCCUCUUAAAACCUUUUAAUUCCCUCUCUCUUCGUUCUCUGUUGCUCCCCAAAACAAUAGAGCACUUCAUGUAACCAUUUAAUUUAAAAGUGCAAAUCUGAACAUCAGACCAUAGUUUUUGUUAACUGUUUUAUUUACUUUUUUUAUUCUUCCCUGUUCCCAUUCCCUCCCCACCCUAGUUUCUUUGGAAAUUGUGUGUUUUCACUCUUUGGUACCUACCUUCAGUGGCUAUGGGGUGUGUUUUUGAAGCUUAGUGAACAGUUUGCAUCUCUCGCUGCAUUCCAUGGCUUUUGGAAGCAGGAUAUUUUGCCUCUGACACGAAGUUCUAGCCAGCUAUGCUAGCUUCUUGGCUGGUAGGUUGAUGUUGCUUUCCAGGGAGGAGAGGGAAGAGAUGGCAGGAAGGUCAGUGCAGUGCAAGCACACUGGCGGGUUAACCUCCCCAGCACAUCCUUCUCCCUCCUGGUAAGCUACAGAACCUGCCAUGAUUUGUGUGCUACCUUUACUAAACACACACCACACAAACUCACAAUAGUGUCAACACUAUUCCCGUACCUUCAUCCUGUCCCCUGGAAAAGGCCAUGUAAGCCCUAAAACCAAGAUAACUAUUGCAGCUGCACUUGAUAGAGCAAGGAUCCCCUAUUGUAUUAUUACUUGCUUUAGCAAUAAAAUCACCCUACAAGACUACAUUGCUGCUAUAACUGGGAUGGCACGCCUGCCACGUACAAAGCCUUGUGAGUUUUAUACUUGUUUGCAUUGUGGUCUGAGGCUUUGGUUAAUGGUAGAUUUUCUUUGGGUGGGGAGAGUAAUCUUAUUUCCAACACUCUUCUUUAACUUCCUGUAUCCAUUUUGCAGGCGGUCUCUUCCAACCCAUCUGCUUCUUUUUGUAGGUAUAGUCAUUUCCUCUUCCGCAAGCCCUACGGAAGGGACCAGUUCUGACAGCUGCCUCACUUCAUCAGCAAAUGAUGGCUCUGUGGCUUUGAGCAACUGUUUGGAAGAUCAGAUGAUGCUUGGUCACCCAGCGACAGCCAGAGUUACAUCAUCGUUUCCGACUUCCCAUUCGGACACACCAGUAUUGCAGGCUCAGGGCUGUCUGGGUGGUGCUUCUCUGUUGCCGGUCAGCUUCCAGGAAGGAAGGAGGGCAUCUGAUACCUCACUAACGCAAGGUAAUUAUUUCCUUGCUAUGUAAGCAAUACCAGUCCAUAAACACACACAGUAGAUACAUCAAGUAUUCGCUUUUUGUAGUUCUGUAAUCAAUAUGCCAGACUCCUGCUUUCAUCAUAAGAUUAGCACAGACCAUCUGCACACAUUUUAUUUGCCCAUCCCAUGAAAUAACCUGAAAAUGCAACAGUGCAGUUUAUAAGAUAUGGAAGUUGGGAAAAGAGGAGCUGCUUGGCAGAUAAAAUUGGGUUCUAUUUGUCUUCUGUGGCUCUUGUACGAGGUUCCUGAUUGGUGGGGAAAUGAGCUGCAGCAGGUCUGUAGUAGGUGCAAGUAAUGUGUGUGUCCAAAGACAAUGUCAACAUGUCAUGCUGGUAGAUUUAUAACUCUCCUUCUUCUUCUUUGCUUUAUAGGCUUGAAGGCGUUUAGACAGCAGCUACGGAAGAAUGCUAGAGCCAAAGGUUUUCUGGGACUGAAUAAAAUCAAAGGGCUCGCUCGCCAGGUGUGUCAGUCCUCAUCUGCUCGGGUAGCACGGAACGGCACGAGUCCUUUCCAGCAUUCUCAGCAGAGUGCCUGCGUAUACAGCAGCGGGGGAAAUGGUGGCAGCGGCGUAAGCAGCAGAGAGAGCAGGAACCUCCUUGAAGAGGUGCUUCAGCAGCAGAGGUGAGAGAGCAGCACACUGGCUAUUGUAACAGUAGCUUAGUAUAUCAUGACCUUGCCUUCACAUUGAAAACAGACGAGCUGUUUAUUUUCCACAUCACUUUUGGGACAUGACGUGUGAUCUGAUGCUAGCAUCGCUAGCGCCACUUAAAGCAUCAGUUUGCGAUAUAGGGUGCUCAGGUUUAAACAUAAAUGGGUUGCUUAAAUGGGUUGCUCAGGUUUAAACAUAAAUGAGUGGGCUUAGGUUAGCCAGGGCUAACUGAAGCCCACUGCUCAGGUUUAAACAUAAAUGGGUUGCUUAAAUGGGUUGCUCAGGUUUAAACAUAAAUGGGUGGGCUUAGGUUAGCCAGGGCUAACUGAAGCCCACUGCUUUCAAUGGGCUUAUUAUUAUUGUUAUUGGGGGUGGGAGGAAUUCCAGCUGUUGUCAUAAGAUUUGUUCUUAGUAUUUUCAGGCAUGGAAGGAUUCUUUUUAGCAUCUUACAUUGCUUCUGCAUCACACAGAGUCCUGCGCAGACAUCCAAACUGUGUGCAUGGUGGGGAUGCAAAUCACACCAGCCCCACCCCGGGUCAUCCUCUUAUGUACAGGGGCUAUGUAGAGCCUAGUAUCCACAUAAGCUCAGACCACACUGAACUGUGCCUCUUGAUUUUCAGAUCUCCGGGUGGUGUGGGUAGGAUCUGUGCAUGCUGGGUUGUACACACAUAGCUAAACUUGCAAACAGCAUUUUGGGUGAGGCAAGCAAACCACGGAGGAUGGGAUGGGCUAAGCUGGCAAGAUCCCCAUUUCCCACCACACACAUAGAGAUGGACUGUGUAGGGCUGCAACCCACAAGGGAGACUCUGUACCAAUGGCUUAGUCAUGCAGAAGAAUGUUUUCCCCCCACCAAAUCUGCUGUCAUGACUUGCAAAGACAAAUGCUUCUAAUGCCAAGGUGUGAGGGACAGAGGCUGUAAUGUGAGAACAACCCCAAGGAAGCAUAUUAAAAAUGGAUAACUUCUCCACUCUCUUCUUUCUUGUAUCCAGAAUGCUCCAGUUACAACAUCACCAGCCAGCCUGUCACCAACCUUCUCAGGUGUCCCAGUCGCACACCAUCCUCAUGCCCGACACUACAGGAAGCAAAGCAUCCAGUUCCUUCCCCCUGUCCGAACUGCAGAGCGAGAACUCAUUAGAGUUUGCCUUCCGCAACACCCAGUUUCUCCAGCCUCACCUGUUUGGAGUCAGUGUUUCUCCAGUAACUUCAGCUGCUCACCUCCUAGACACCCACCUGCACAUCAGUAGCAAUGUCUCCCCCAUCGCCUCCAUGUUUUCUCAGCAGAAUGGCUUUGCUGUGCAAUCUCCGAGCUAUGAUGCAGUUACUUUGCAGCAUGGGGACUUUGAAAUGGAGGACCUUACAUCCACCCAGAUGGGGAAGUUCGUCUUAGUCAAAUAA